CUCAUCUUCAAGACAAGAGAGACCAGGGUGCCAAGAAGUAAGAGGGGGAGGGAGGUAGAAAGCUAACAUGGCCUUGGCUGCCGUGGGACUUUUGAUUGGCAGAAUAGUUUCCGCCCUUGAGAGCGAAGCAUCGUUGAUUGGAGGAGUACGCGAUGAACUCAACCAACUGAAGCUCGAGUUCGCAAGCAUGAGAUCUUUUCUGGAGGAUGCCGAUAAAACAACAGUCCAAACUGAAGGAGGGAAGACUUGGGUGGCCAAUGUUAGAGACUUGGCCUACGAGGUUGAAGAUAUUAUAGACGAAUACAUGUAUUACAUGAACAAGCAAAAAGUACAUGGUAAAUUCACAAGGUUCCUCCGUCAGAUAGUCUACGCCCCAAAGAAUCUAUGGGUGAGGCAUCGAAUAGCCACAAAGUUACAGAAAAUCAACAGCAUGAUCAAAGCCAUCCCAGAAAGAAGCCGACGUUAUGGGGUCGAUGGUGUAGGAGAAGCAAGCUCAAGCUCAAGCUCAAGCUCCCAAGACCAUCAGAGGCGGCUGCCAAACCUCAGCGAGUCUUCUCUAUUUUUUAAAGAUGAUGAUCUAGUCGGGAUCGAAGAUGGAAAGAAACAAUUAUUGGACUGGUUGACGGACAAAAAAGAAUCACAACGCACAGUUAUUUCAGUGGUGGGGAUGGGUGGUUCAGGUAAGACCACUCUGGUUGCCCAGGCCUACAACAGCCAAAUUGUCAAGAGACAAUUUGAUUGCUAUGCAUGGAUAACUGUCUCCCAAACAUAUGUAGUCAACGACUUACUUAGAAGCAUGAUUAAGGAAUUCUAUGGUGGUGCCAAGGAAGCAAUUCCAAUGGAUUUAAGCAGUAUGAGCUAUAGAGAGCUCAUACAGAUGAUUACGGACUUCUUACGGUUGAAAAGGUACGUAAUUGUCUUUGAUGAUGUAUGGAGUAGCAACCUCUGGAGGGAUAUACAUGUAUCACUUCUUGAUGAAGGACUAGGAAGUCGGGUCAUACUUACAACCCGAAAUGAAGAGAUAGCUUCAUCUUCUUUUGGGGUAAAAAGUUAUGUCCAUUAUAUCAAAUUGUUGGGUGUAAGUGAUGCAUGGAACCUCUUUUGUAUGAAAGCUUUUUCAAGCAAUCCAAAUAGAUGUUGUCCUCAACAUCUCAAAACCUUAGCUCAAGACCUUGUUGCAAAAUGUAAAGGGCUUCCUCUUGCAAUUGUAGCUUUGGGGGGUGUCAUGCCUUCUAAAUAUCUCGAGUUGGAAUGGAGAAAAAUUUAUAACAGCUUGAGCUGGGAAUUGAGCAACAACCCUGGGCUAGAAGUUGUGAAAACAAUUUUGUUGCUUAGCUUCAAUGAUUUGCCAUACCGACUAAAGUGUUGCUUCUUAUAUUGUUGUCUUUUCCCGGAAGAUUAUAAGAUUAAACGAAAGAGGCUCAUUAGACUUUGGAUGGCAGAGGGGUUCGUAGAAAAGGUGAGAGGGAGAACACCAGAGGAGGUAGCAGAAAGCUACCUUAUGGAGCUUAUUUGCCGAAGCAUGCUUCAAGUCGUAAUGAGAAAUGAAUUAGGAAGGCCAAAAAAUUGUAAGAUGCAUGAUCUUAUGCGUGAGCUUGCAAUUUCCACAUCAGAAACGGAGAAGUUUUGUGUUGUAUAUGAUGGGCGAGAGGCAAAUGAUGAAGAAGGAAGUGUAACAAAUCGUCGCAUGUCAAUUCAAUCAAUUGGUAGAGAAUUACAACCAUGGAACUGGAAGGGCAUGUUGAAGCUUCGGACUCUUCUUGUAUUUGUUGUUGGGGAGAUAGCAUUGCCACUAGAAUUACGAUUGUUAAGAGUAUUGGAUCUUGAGAAUGCAUGGAUCGAAGUACUGCCCGAAGAACUAGCGGAUCUGUUCAAUUUAAGAUACUUGAACUUGAGAGGAUCUAGGGUGAAGGAACUUCCAAAAUCCAUUGGAAGACUGUGCAACCUAAACACUCUAGACAUUACUGACUCCAAAAUAGAAGUGCUUCCAGCUGGAAUCACAGAGUUGAGAAAUUUGCGACAUCUAAAGAUGUACCACUUUGACUAUGAACUUUUGGAUGACUUUCAGUUUGUUCGUGGUACGACAACACCAUCUAAUAUUUGCAAGCUAAAAAACAUGCAAGUUUUGGCAGGUGUAGAAGCACAAGCAGACUUGAUGAAGCGAAUCAAGAACAUGACACAACUUAAAAGGAUUGGAAUCACAAAGGUGAGAGAAGUAGACGAGGAGGACUUGUGUACUGCAAUCCAAAAUAUGAGUCUCCUUCAUCGCUUGUCUGUGAAGGUGAUUGAUGAGGAUGAAUACCUCCGAAUGGAUGCACUCUCCUCAACUCCUCCUCGCCACCUGAAGGUGCUCAUUUUAGCUGGAAAAUUGGAGAAAGUGCCUUGUUGGUUUCACUCACUUCAAAACCUUACUUUUUUAUCAUUGCGAUGGUCUAGACUAACAGAAGACCCUAUUCCAUACAUUCAAGCACUUCCGAAUUUGGGACGGUUGCACCUUUUUAAUGCAUAUGAAGGAGGAGGACAAUUAUGCUUUAGUGAAGGGUUCCAUAAACUUAGAAAAUUGGAGUUGUGCAAUUUUCCUCAGUUAAAUGAGAUUGUUAUAGAGAGGGGGGUGAUGCCAGGUCUCCAAGAAUUUUCUAUUCGGAAAUGUAUGCAGUUGAAGAUACUGCCUCAUGGCAUCGAGUAUCUCGAAGAUCUCCAAGGAUUGUUUUUGACAUUUGUUACGAAUGAGCUCAUAGAAUGCAUACGUGGAGAAGGGAGCAAGGAUCACCAAAAGGUUCGGCAUAUUCCGAGCAUACACCAUUGGAGGCAGACACCAGUUGAACUGAAAUACGAACUAUUAUCUCGUUCCACAGAUAGGCUACUCCAACAUAUCCGCCAGGGAGUAUUGCCCCUUAGCACCUACAACAUAUCUGCAGGGAACCCCACCGCACCUACGUCGGGGCCGAAGCUUAGGCGCUAAGGAGUAUGUUUAACCCCAACAAGGGGCUAUGGAGACUCGAACCCAAGCCUUGAGCGAGGGAUUCGAAGGUCUUAUCCACUGAACCAACCCCCUGUUGGUGCUUUCCAGGUUUCUAGCUUGCUAAAGAGUAUGAAGAACUAAACAUAGCGACGAGCACUUGAUUAACAAAAAGACAAGUGCCCCAAUCAUCUAUCUUGCAUGCUUGCUUGCUUUCCAUCAAGGAGGACAUGGUGAAUGUUUAGCUUUGUAAUUUCAUGUGUAUGAGAUGAAGAUUUCUUUAGGCAACCAACAACUUUAAUUAGCUUGUGGAUAUAUGCAAAGAGUUUAGACAGAACAUCUAGUGUUGAGGUGGUGAAUGAUUUUUGGUUUUAGUGUUGUGGUUGUGGUGUUGCUGACGGAUUUUUGCUGUCAAAUUCGUGCAGUUUGGAGUUUUCUGAGCUGUAUGGUGGUGCCUCAUUGUUGUCUUGAGAGAUGGUUAGAGUUGCUCGAGUGUUGUUUGGAAUUGCUGGAAUUUUCUUCUUUGUAGUUGUGUCGGAUUUUUGCCGUCAAAUUUGUAUGGUUAGGAGUUUUCUGAGCUUUAUGGUGGUGCUUCUUUGUUGUCUUGAAUGAUGGUUAGAGUUGCUCGAGUGUUGUUUGGAAUUGCUGGAAUUUUCUUCUUUGUAGUUGUGUUCUUUUUGCUGUGUGUUGUGGCUUGCUGUUGGAGUGGGGUUGAUUUUGUUUGGUGAUUCACCUUGUCUUUACAAGGGUUGUUUGGUGUUGUU